AUGACUUCGAUCGUCAUUUCUAAACCACCCUACCAGCUCUCCGGCCGUCUCUAUGCCCCAGAGGCUCCCACAACAAACUACUCUCCUGCUAUAGUAAUUGUACCGCCGUCAAAUGCUGUGAAAGAACAGUUUCCAUCAACAUAUGCGAGAUUGCUAUCCCGGCGCCCGCAUAACUUCUAUACAAUAUGCUACGAUCCCUCCCAUUUUGGCGCUUCCGGUGGAAACCCUAGGUAUCUCGAGGAUCCAAAUGCAAGGGUGGCGGAUAUAUCAGCUGCUGUGGAUUAUUUAAUGAAGGAAGUUAGAAGAGUUGAUAAGCUAAAAAUUGGAGUAGUGGGACUAUGUACGGGUGGUGGGUACGCUAUUGCAGCAGCGAAAAAGGAUUGGAGAAUUAAAGCCGUUGCUACCGUUAGUUUGGUCAAUAUUGGGGAUUGGUUUAGAAUUGGUUGGGAUGGAAGAGGGCCAGCUCAGAAGAAUACGGAAACUAUGAAGUCUGUUGGGGAUGAAAGGAGGAAAGAAUUGAGGAUGCGGCCAUCUUCAUCGAGUUCUGGAAUAUCUGGGAUACCCUUAGGCCCGGGUGUCAUCUCGCUACCUUCAACACCAAUUGACACGAGGAGGAGCGUGACGCCAACAUUCGAUAGCUAUAGACGACCUUCAACGCCGACAUUUGAUACCUACAGACGACCGUCGACGCCUACAAGUCCGGGAUUUCGAGAACUUCACACAGGAGCGGAGGAGGAAAUGGGAAAAGUUAUCCCAUUUCUCCCUGCCGUGAGCGAAAAAUCACACAUGGACCUGCAAGAACUGGCAGAGUAUUACACAACACCCCGGGCGUAUCACCCUCGGGCCGAAAAUAAAUUAUUACACCAAAGUUUACCUCUGAUACUGACAUUUGAUGCAUUUGAUUUUGUGGAAACGUUCUUGAAGGUGCCGGUAUUUUGCAUGAUCGGAGGGACGGCGGGGAGUAGGUGGCAUACAGAUCGACUUGAUAUCAUGCUAAGACGGGGUAGUCAAAGUGGUAUUAGAGGCGUUGAUAAACUUGUGUUUGUUGAAGGAGUGGGACACGUCGAUUUUUUUGAUGGCUUUGAAGAGAUCGAUAGAGCAGUUGGGGAUAUCGGGGGCUGGAUGAGGCAGAAGUUGGUAUUGAUAACAUCCUGA